CACGCACUUCUAAAAUAAAAUCAAUGGAAAAUGAUCAUCAUCAAGAAGAAGCGGAGACGUUCAUCGGAAUCAGGAAGCGCAAAUGGGGGAAAUGGGUGUCGGAAAUCCGCGAGCCCGGCAAGAAAACCCGGGUCUGGCUAGGGAGCUACGAGAAGCCGGAGAUGGCCGCCGCCGCCUACGACGCUGCGGCAUUCCACCUAAGAGGCCCCGCCGCGCGCCUCAACUUCCCCCGCCUGGCGGGCCUCCUCCCGAAGCCGGCAAGCGACAAUGCCACGGAUGUUCAGGCCGCGGCGCAGGAGGCCGCCAUGCAGAUCGCGGGGAGGCGCGCGGCGGAGGCGGGGAGAGUGGGGCUGUCGGCGAGCCAGAUUGAGGCUAUAAAUGAAAUGCCACUUGACUCGCCUAAAUUGUGGAUGCAGGGAAUGGAAAUGGGAGUGCAAGAUUAUUUUGUUUAUAAUCAUCAUCAACACAUGGAGGUUAAUCAUCAUGAUCAAUUGGAUUAUUAUCCCAUUUGGGAUUAAUUUAAUUAAUCGUCUAGUCAAUAAUUUUGAGCUAGGUCAUAUUAUAUUUUUUGUAUGCGAGCUUCUUGAAUUGUCACAAGAAUGAAGAAUCCCAUUUGUUUGGCUUAGGAAAGGAACAAUUAAAUUUCAU